AUGGUGCAAUCAACAUGUAUCCACGACGGCUACUACGAGACCAUGGCGCCAGAUGCCUCCCCGGGCCUUCUUUUCCUCAAAUCCUUCCUACCUGCCUUCGACUCCCUUGAUCCAACCACAUCCCUCGAACCAUUUUUCGCACCGAGAGCGCCCAUCCUCAUGUGCAACAACCCACCAAUCCCAGAAAGAACCAGGCUCCCAUCUCUCGAGAGCCGUCGCCAACAGCUCAAGGAGUUCCAUCACGAAGUCCAUACCGCCUGGGACAUCGAUCUUUCGUCGCAAGACCACACCACGUCUUCCAACGCGAACGGCAGUCACAACAACUCUGAAGUUGAGCAAGCGGACACGAGGGCUCCCUAUGUGGUUCCUUCGAACUCAGGAAUCCUCAAGAGAACUGUCAUGUUCGAAUCAACAAGCCGUACAAUCUUCAAAGAUGACCCCGACGAAUUCGCCGUCAAGGUUCGCGAGUUCAACAUUUUGGAACUGGAGGGGCACUCUGCGGACGAUCUGCAAAUAGUUGAAAUGCGCAUCUUCGUCGAUGCGAAGCCUGUCCAGGCGAGAGCUCAGCAGUUGAGAGUGGCCUACGUCUUUGGUGAAGGGGCGAGAGAGGCGGAGCCUCAGUGA